CAAUAUUUUAUUCCACAUCGACGAAAUGAAUUAUAAAUUCGAUUAUUUUCAAGGAAGGAAUCAAGACGUCAAUAUACGUGAAUGGUGGCUUUCAAUAAAAACAAACUGUGAAAGCGAAUUAAAAGGAUUUACCCGGUUGGAACGAUGAGUAACGGUGAUCAACGGUAUCUUAUCACCGGUUUUGUUAUCAGAGGCACUCGGCUCGAUACAGAAAAACUGAUUUCAGUUCUCACUGUGAGGUUCUACCGGUAGUGAUCUCGCAAGAAAUCAUGAAUUACCGAUUUUUCGUUAUUUUUAUUUUCACCUUUGCGACCGUUGAGUGCCAAAACGUUGCCAAUAAUGCAAAUGCAAACAAUACGGAUGCAACUGUGGACGUUGAAACUACCAAUCUGAAGGAGGAAAUAUUUGAGCCGAAACCUCCACAUUUGUGCACAGUAUGCAAUUGUAUAGAUGAUAUCAUAGAUUGUGGAAACAGAAAUUUGACCCACCACUUCGAGGGCGAACAAUGGUCCAAUAAAACAAUAAAAAUAGCGUCGUUCAAAGGGAAUUUAUUGGUUCACGUGAAACCAUUCCCAAAAAUAGAAAUUAGGAAACUGUCGCUGCAGAAGAACGAAAUCAUGAGAAUCGAUCCUCGAGCCUUUAAGGAGAUAAUCAAUCUUACCGAGUUGGAUCUGAGUCAUAAUCAACUUACGACGGAAAACUUAAAACCUGUCGUGUUUGAGGGCAAAUUUUCACCAGAUGCUUACGAACCAUUGGAAAAGCUAGUGGUCUUAGACUUGGCUCAUAACGUGCUCCAUUCGUUGCAUCAAGAUCUUUUCGAGCACAUGGAAAGUCUGAAGGUGUUGAACCUUUCCUGGAAUCAGUUCUCGAGAAUCGACGAACGUACGUCCAUUGCGAUCAGCUCUCUUCCGUAUCUGGAAGAGUUAGACUUGAGUUACUGUCGCCUAAAGACACUUUCGGACGUUCAUUUCUACUCAUCUAGAUCCCUUAGGAAGCUUAACUUAAGCGGAAAUCUAUUUACAUCUGUUCCGAAAGCUCUCGAGGAAACAACGAUGCUCGAGGUGCUUUACCUGGACGAAAAUCCAAUUCAAAUUAUCAAUCACUCACACCCGUUUCCACUUAUUCCAAAACUGAAGGAGUUAAGCCUCUGUUGCAUGCCUCAUUUGACGAUCGUUGGACCAUAUGCCUUUUCAGGCUUGACGUCUCUCGAGCAUCUUCGUAUAGAAAACUGUCCGAAACUGGAAUCGAUCGAUGAUUACGCUCUUGCCACGCAGAGUAACUCUGAGGCACCUGUGUGGCCGCCACUAAAGAAACUCGAUUUAUCGGAUAACGCCCUGCGAUAUUUGCCUCAGCAAUUGGUAGCAAGAUGGGACUGGCUUGAAAAAUUGGAUCUGAUGAACAACAAAUGGAGCUGCGAUUGCAAUAAUCAAUAUCUGAUUGGCACGUUGCUGCCAACAUACGGCAAGAAGCUCAUGGGAGACGAGCUGAAUUCACUCACCUGUACUUUCCCGCCGGAACACGCUGGCAAGAACUUGUCUUCGUUAUCCCAUCGAAGCUUGCGUUGCUUGGACUUAUACAAUGCAAAACCGGAAAGGGACGCGACGAUCCUGAUCGGCGUAUUGGUCGGUCUGUUGCUCGCCAUUCCAGUCUGCCUGACGAUUUUCGUUUUCUGGCGUCGUGGCUUCUUCUUCUGCGGCACUCAAGGACCCGCCACCUUCUCACGAGCUUUCUACAAGAGAGCCACGGACGACGAUGAAUUCUGAGAAUUUUCUCCUAUCGAUGAAUAAUCCUCUAUCUCGUUAGUAAAAAGAGGCGAAUAAAAUGACCAGACUGAAAAGCAUGUUUAUGCAAAUUCGUAUCUUUGUAAAUGCAGAGAUUCGUUUCAUUCGGCAAACAUUUUAACGAGUACAAAUUUUAUUCUCCAUUGUCGACUUAUCUUUUCACGUAGAAUCGACAACGAUCACUGAGACCGCCUGUAUAAUUUCUGGCAUUGCCAUAAUUUCGUACAGACGUGUAAACAUCGCGCAGUUCAAUAGCAAUUCAGACGAUCGCUGUGCCUCGCUUACAAAGCAAGCUACGGUGGAAUUUGUAGAAAAAAUAGCGCAAGCGUGUACUGUGAAUCAUUUGCCAGAUAUGGACGAUCGUACGUUUCUUUAUUAAGUGUUUGUGAUAAAACACGAAGUAGAAACGAUAAGGUGAUAGAUACGACAGUUUGAUAAGAUAGUAUCAAACUUAUACGUUAUAUAUGGUAAGAGCGUGGAACGGAAAUGUUAAAUAUUUUGUAGCAAUUCGCAGUCUUUUCGACGAUAUUAAUUUAUGUUGAUCACGAUUUAUAAGCUAUCGUGGAUAAUCUGUUCGCAUGUAUACAUGUAUUUAAUCAUCCAACGAUGUACGUGUUUUGUAAUAAAAAUGCAUAUUGUAAUAAAAUAUUGGUACGAAGAUCGUUUUGGAAUUAUUGUUGUGGUAAAAUCGCGUUUGCAAGAGAUCGACAGUUCUUUGGAAGAAUUAGACGAGAAACAAUUAAGCGAUCGUUUCACACAUCCGUUUGCGAAAACUUACGUGUCAUGAUUGACUUUCAAAUAUGCGUGUAAUUACCGUCUGGAUGAUGAACGAUUACGAGUACAUUAUUUUUAUCCUGACGAAUCUCCAAGCGGUUCGUUUACGCUACUCUUAACUAUCUGCACUGCGCUCAAUGCUCUGGAUUUUUAUUAGCACCAGGAAUAUAUCGAAUAUAUUAGAUAUAACUCGGUUUUGUCUCGCAUUAUUCCACAGAGACUUCGCAUAUCGACCAAAAAGGCACGAAAGGUAACGAACAAUUCCUAGGAAUAUUGGUCGAGAUGUGACGCACAAAUCAGCAAAGUAAGAAGGAGAUAUUACUCCUUCCAUCUUUAUAUUUAUAUAUUUUAACGUUUCUACCUUAUCAUAUCUUCAUUUUCCAUUAUUCCAUACGUCUAUGUUCCCACUCCUUAAGCUUCUUCUUUAAUUCGCACACACAUCACCAGACUUUACGUUACUUCAAUGCAUUACAUACACGCAAACAUAUUUCUAUGUUCCUAGUAUCUACGUUGUAUUACAUGUUCUUACAUUCCUACAUAAACACCAUCUAUACAAAGCUUCUCCGUCGAUUAUAAUUAAAAAUCGCUUCAGAAUUCUCAAAGUACGUUAGCCAUCGUGUCACCACAGUUGCAAAGUCGCUCAACUUUAUUUGCCUUGUUCGAUAUACAGCACAAAGAGACCAGUUACAGACCAUUGUACGUAGCUGGAGCUGUUUGGUAAAACGCACGUGCAACGACGCAAUCGUCUGUAAAACCUGAGCCGAUGUAUCCAUCCCUGACAUUAGAGCGAGGCUGUCUCUAUUUAGGCGACGGCGGAAGGGGAAGUGGCGCGUGCCGGCAUUUAGACGGGGUUGCUUCCGCGAUUAUUGGGUAAAUUAACAUCCCGGUAAUUGUGUUACCGACGAGUGUCCAUUCAUCCGUUCCGUCGAUCCCUCGGCGGUCCGCAAUACGGCGUAGCCGGCCCUCGAUGUCGAUAGCAAAGCCGAAAAUCCCGUCCGCAAGCUUAGCGCUGUCGAAACUAGCCCCCUGUUCCCCCUGAUGUUCCGGAAACCGCUCGCAAAGUCCACCGCCGCGCUCUAAACACACCCUCUCGGGACUUGUUACACGAGAAAUCGCCAACCUUCGCGGCAUCAUUUAGAUACUAAACGACUGUGACUAUCAUGCAUCGUUUGAUGCAUCUGAUCGUUAGUGGCGAGACCUACUUUCGGCGUUGGAGGUAGGAAAGGAUGGUCCAGUGUUUUUCUCCUUCGUGGGGAUUACAAGGUGUUACAAAUACUGAACAUGUCUCCUCGGGUUAACAAAAAGCCUCGUCACGAUAGACAGCAAAAUUACAUCUUGGUUA